AUGGCGAUGCUGAGAAAUCUUCUGCUUCUUUUUAUUGUGUUCUCCAUGGGGAAUGCAGAAGAUACAGUUGAUGUAGUUGAAAAAUGCCCCUAUGGAUGGACAAAUUUUGGAGUCAGAUGCUACAAGUUCUUCUCUCAGUCGGCUAACUGGAUCACAGCAGAGAGAAACUGCCAAAGUUUUGAUGCAAAUCUUGCAUCUGUGCAUAAUAAAAUUGAACAAGAUUUACUCCUGAGUCUGUUGCCUUCUUCCACACGUUGUUGGAUUGGUGCUCAUGAUGGUGAACAAGAAGGACAGUGGGUGUGGAGUGAUGGAACUCCAUAUGACUUUACCUACUGGGGCUCUGGAGAACCUAACAAUCUGGGUACUGAGAACUGCGGGGAGCUCAGCUUGAGCACUAACCGUUGGAAUGAUGUAACCUGUUCAACUUCACUGGGCUAUAUUUGUGCUAAAGACCUGUGAGAUCUACAGUCAUCCUGCUCCACAGUUACUUUUAUUUGUACUACAUUUACA